AUGCCGGACAGCUGGGACAAGGACGUGUACCCCGAGCCCCCGCGCCGCACGCCGGCGCCCUCGCCUCAGACCUCGCUGCCCAACCCCAUCACCUACGUGUCCAAGGCCUUCGACCUCCUCGUGGACCGGCCCGUGACCCUCGUGAGAGAUUUCAUUGAGCAGCAACACGCCAAGAACCGAUUCUACUACUACCACCGCCAGUUCCGCCGCGUGCCAGACAUCACCGAGUGCCAGGAGAAGGAUGUGCUGUGCAUGUUCGAGGCGGAGAUGCAGUGGCGGAGGGACUUCAAAGUUGACCAGGAGAUCAUCAACAUCAUCCAGGAGAGGAUGAAGGCCUGUCAGCAGAGGGAGGGCGAGAGCUACAGACAGAACUGUGCCCCAGAGUUGGAGCAGUUCAAGCAAGUGUCCAAGGCCUUCCAGGACCGCUACCAUGACCUGGGGGCCCAUUACUCUGCCAGGAAGUGCUUGGCAAAGCAGAAGCAGAGGAUGCUGGCAGAGAGGAAAGCUGCAAAGGAGGCUGCGGCUGCCUGA